AGGCAAAUAACCGAAUUACUAGAAUGCUAUCAAAUGAUAUUAUAUCAAUCUCAUCUGUAUGAUAUCAUCAGUGACGUCUCCCGUGCUCUCAAAAGGUAUAUCAUUUCAGUCACUCGUUAACUGCCGAUGUAAAACAACGUCUUUUCUUCAGAACUGGCACUGAGGACGAGGUAACGAUGUCGAAUUUUAUCAUCAACCUUGACUAUUUAAGAAGUUGGAAUGCGAUCUUUAAAAUCCUACAAUUGGCAUUGGGUACGAUUUGCGUAGGAAUCAUUGGUCAUGAGUUUAAUAAUACACUCAUGUACUCCUCCUCGUCAGCAAGCUUUUUUCUCAUUUCAACAACUACUUUUUAUAUUGGAACUUUUAUUCUUUUUAUCAGUUAUUUGUUGUCUCCUUCUGCUGCAUCUAUUAUACCUAAAACAAUUUAUGAACUCGUGUAUCAUGCUAUUGCAUCCUUAUUCUUAUUUUCGGGUUCAGUAGCAAUGAUGGUAUACAUACAUAAAUUUGAAGUUAAAGGUUCUUAUUAUAAGGCGGAAUUAGCAGCUUCUAUUUGCUGUUUGUUAAAUACCUGUUUAUACAUCUGCAGUGCGGUCAUGGGUUUUAGCACUUACGGAGACGAUUAAAAAAUUACUAAAUUAAACAUUGUGGUUUUUUUAACAGCAAAAA